AUGUCUGAACCCGGAGGAUCAUACGAAACAAGCUUUCGAACUUCAUCAGAUGUUGAUGUCGUAUCUCGACGAGGACGCCUGAGGGAAACAAGCUUCUUGUCCUUUUUGGCGGUGGCACAAUCCUUAAAGAUCGAUAUUCUACCCCUGACAUGGGACGCAGGAAGGAAUGACAUCGGUUCCGGCGCAACAGCCCGCGUAAUGGAAGCGCUUAUCAAUAUCCAUACCAGAUUCGCCUUUAAGCGCGCGAACAAACAAAAAUUGGAAUCCGAGAUAUUCCGCUCCUUCACUAACGAGAUAGCUGUCCUGUCUCAUAGUUUCAUCCGAGAGCAUCCAAAUAUCGCACAGCUGCAGGGAAUAUGCUGGGAGAUAUCUGCGACCGACGACAAACCGUGGCCGGUGCUGGUCUUCGAGAAGACCUCGCUAGGGGACCUGUAUUCCUUUGCGAAGCUACCUGCUAGCAGAUCGAUGAAUUUCUCGCAGCGUCUGAAGCUAUGUGUUGACAUUGGAACCGCCAUCAUGGCUAUGCAUUCCGUUCAGAUUGUGCACGGAGACCUGAAGCCGGAAAAUGUCCUCGUUUUCCCCGAUGAUCAUGGUUUCACCGCAAUGGUAACAGACUUCGGCUACUCGACCAGAUACGCGCACGAGGGAGAUACGAUCAAACUUCCUAUAUCACAUCCUUGGAAUGGACCCGAGGUGGACCGGUUGAAUCGUGAGUGGACGCCCUCAGAGGCGAAGAAAGCCGACCUGUUCUCCUUCGGAAUGUUGUGCCUCUGGGUAUUGUUUCCGGCUCAGUUGUCACAAUGGACCAUUCCUGGUGACUCCAGUAUCGAUUUGGAACCUUUGAUAGAAAUGACGCCAGAUUUGGCAAGGAGCGCUCUCGCGAGACUAAAAGCCAACCACCAACUUCAGAACUUUGCUCAGCAUACCUUAGAGUCUGUGGAAGAAGUCAACCAUGAGGAUUUAGGCGCGCUGAAUACGUUCUUGUCAUCGUGCUUGAGCACUGACCCAUCAAAGCGACUGGUGUCGAUUCGUGAGACUUGGCGGCAGCUCGGACCAGAGAGGUUGAGAAUAGUCAACAGUCUGGAUGUUGAGGAGGACUGGCAAGUCCCCGAAGAGCUCUACCAAAUCAUGGUAGAGGACAUACAGCGCAGCGAACCGGAACGUCCAUCAAUGUUGGCUAAGCUAAUAGAGUCCAACAACGUUCCUAACAGCCACUUUGUCCAUAUUUACCUUACACACAACCGAAUGGUGGAAGCGGAGAGAUCGCUUCGGCGGGAAGUCGAUGAUCUUUUAGACUUCUACGGAGACACACAUCCCAUGUUCACAACCCCAGCCGCUGCCCUUGUCUCGUUGUAUACAUUUCAGUGUCGGUGGAAGGAGGCGGGUGAUGUUCUGCUGAAGGUCCUGGCCCAGCAGCGAGCCGAGCACGGCGAAGAUGGCCCGUCCACCCUGAUAAAUAAGGCGAACAUGGCUUUCCUGUAUGGUGAGCAAGGACGUUGGGCCGAGGCUGAGACUCUGCAACGAGAGAUGCUCGAGGUACACAGAAGAGAUUUUAGCCAUGACGACUCCGUUACGCUCAACAACCUUGCGAAUCUCGCUAUGAUCUGCAAGCAACAAGGCAAAUGGGUCGAGGCUGAAGGUUAUUACAUCGAGUCAAUUCACAAGGGAAGGAGCAGGUUUGGCCCUGAGUAUCAUCAGGUCCUGACCUGGACGCACAACCUUGCCGUUCUAUACCAGGUGCAGGGUAGAUGGAAGGAAGCCAUGGAUACCAUGGAGGAUGUGAUAGAGGCGAAGAGGCGAACUCUUGGCGAAGAACAUCCAGACACUGUGGCGAUCAUGGGAAACCUGGCUUCACUCUAUUGUGACCAAGAGCUGACAUCUGAGGCUGCAACACUGCAACAGCAGGUGCUGGCGAUCAGCAAGAGGAUAUUGGGAGAUGCUCAUCCCGAAACCGUCACGCGAAAGGGCAAUUUGGCAGUGAUACUUGCCAAGCUUGACCAAUACGAGCAAGCUGGUAUUUUGCAAUCCGAAGUGCUCGAAGUAAGAAAGCGGGAUUUGGGACUGAAGAACCCUCUCACGUUGUCCAGCAUGGGUAACUUAGCAGAUGUCUACCGAGGCAAAGGACAAUUUCAAGAGGCCGAAAAUCUGCAGAGAGAGGCGCUGGAGCUAGCUAAAGAUAUCUUCGAUGACCAGCACCCGUCAUACCUCUACAGCCAGGCCCAGCUGGCGGCCAUUGUGUUGGAUUCGGGACGACUGGACGAGGCAGAGGGACUGACGCGCGACGUUAUGCAGGCGAGAAAAGACGUCCUGGGGCUCGAGCAUCCCGAGACACUAUCCACCAUGUGUAACCUCACGUGGAUAUGGAUGGAACAAGGUCGGUACCGAUCCGCGUUAGAGCAGAUGAAAGAGAUCCACAAAGUGCGGGUACGAUUGCACGGACCAGAGCAUAAACUCACAAAGAACUGUUUGUUCGCGAUGGACAUGAUCAGGACGAAGCAAGGAGAGGAAGAGAGAGAUCAAGGGCGGCGUUUGGAGUCGGCUAGCGAUACGACUGGACUAGACACCGGGCGAUAG